AUGAGAUUUUCGCAUUCCCUAAACAAAAAUAAAGAAGAAUCUUUGAGUUUUUUGGUGUUGCAUUGAUCGGAUUAAAGAGACAUGGGUCGAGUGAAAUUGGAGAUAAAACGAAUAGAAAACACAACGAAUCGACAAGUUACGUUCUCGAAAAGACGUAAUGGUCUGAUAAAGAAAGCUUAUGAAUUGUCCAUUCUUUGUGACAUCGACAUUGCUCUCCUCAUGUUCUCUCCCUCCGAUCGCCUUAGCCUCUUUUCCGGCAAAACAAGGAUCGAAGACGUUUUCUCAAGAUACAUCAAUCUUUCUGAUCAAGAACGAGAGAAUGCUCUAGUAUUCCCCGAUCAAAGCCGACGCCCAGAUUUCCAAAGCAAAGAGUAUCUACUCCGGACUUUGCAGCAACUCAAGACUGAGAAUGAUAUUGCUCUUCAACUUACCAACCCUACAGCUAUCAACUCCGACGUCGAGGAACUUGAGCAUGAAGUUUAUAAGUUACAACAACAGCUUCACAUGGCAGAGGAAGAACUAAGGAAAUACGAACCAGAUCCAAUCAGGUUUACAACAAUGGAAGAGUACGAAACUUGUGAGAAGCAGCUAAUGGAUACCUUAACACGUGUCAAUCAACGACGGGAACAUAUAUUGAGUCAUGACCAGUUAUCUUCAUACGAAGCAUCUGCUAUACAACAACAGCAAAACAUGGGUGGACCUUUUGUAAACGACGUCGUUGGGGGUUGGCUGACUGAAAAUGGGCCUAACCAAGCCCAUUUAUUCGACGCAUCAGCCCAUUCAGCAAUGUAUGAAACGUUGUUGCAAGGAAGUAGCUCAAGCUCGAACCAAAACAACAUAAUGGGUGAAUCCAAUGUGUCAAAUCAUAACGGUGACAUGUUCCAAGAAUGGGCCCAGGCAUAUAAUUCUACUACGGCCCAUAAUCCUACAACCCUAUUUCCUCCUAUGCAGCAUCAGCAUGUAUUGGUUGAUCCUAAUAUGGAAGAAAUUGAAAUCCCGGUUAUGAAGAAGGAGGCACAAGCAGACCACGAGGUCUCUGACUAUGAUAUAAGAAUGCCUCAGCUCAGUAGCCAAUAAUCUCAAGAAUUUCAAUUUUACCAUAUAUUAUUUAUACGUUUUUAAAAAUUAUUUUAUAAAGGUUUACAAUAUUG